CCGCUGCUCAUCAAUGUUGUGUUGUAUGGACAUGUGCAUUUACCAGUUUACCACUACCAAGAGAUUACUCGAUCCUUUAUUACUUUAUGGUGGGUGCGUGUGUAUGUAUGCAUGCAUGAAUGUAUGAAACCCGAGAAAGCCCCAAAGUCGAAAGGUGCUACAAAGUUUUUUCUUUUCUGUUUUCGAGUCAGAGGUCUGACUCUCGUUGGUUGUGCACAAGGUGAAAUAAGAAGGCGUUGCUGGUGCUAAAGUGAUUUUCUGAAGGAAAUUAAUAGUCGAUAUUGAUCAAUCACAAAUUCAAUCAUAUAUAAAUCUGGGUUAAUAAACCGAAUCGUCAUAUCACCGAGGUCGCACAUCCAUAUUUCCAUUCACCUAACAUUUGCUUGGCAUUCGUCGGUGUGACAUGAAAUAAAUCUCAUUUGUUGCUCACUAUUACUCAAAUGUCACAUCACAAACUCCUGCGGUGACUAAAAUACAACUCCUCAUGCAUUUCUUUAUCGGCGCCAUAUCCUCCUUAUUAUCAAGACGCAAACGAAAUAUGAAAACAAUAUAAACUGAACUCGACCAGUAAAUGAGCUCCAGUUUCUGGUGUGAAGUGACUCAGGAAAUUGCCGUUAUAGGAUAUCAUCAACUUUAGAACUGAGUCAGCAUCAUGAUGUCUCGGCCAUUUAUUCAUUCGUUUACUUAGUUUCCGAAAAGUUUUUUUUUAUAGACGGUCACUAAACUGAGCGAAACUAUUUCACUUUCUUCUCUAUCACAUCAAUCGUUACGAAUUAUUACGCCUCUGCCUCCGUGUAUGUACAAUAAACAAGGAAUGACGAUUACUAAGAUCGAAAUACUAGCACUAUAAUAAAUACUAAAAUAAGAAACACUAGUUGAAAUUAAAUACUGCUGUCUUCUGUAAUUUUUAUGCAAGAGUUGGUUACGUGUAACGCAAUUUGCAAUUGAGGUUUUGUGGCUACAGGCAGUUUUUUUCACUUUAUUUGCCAUUCGCAACUUACUCACUCACGAUAAUUGUGUCAUUUGACGUUUAUCGAUUGGACAUCCAAUGCGUACGUUCAGCAUUAUUAAGAUUCUGACCAUGGGGUUUGCAUGGUUCUUAAGCGGUUUGGUCGUCGUCAGCUCCAUGUCUGUUGUUGCGACGAGUUACACUAGUCCUUCCAAAUACACUAGUCCGGUGUCACCUCUCAAUGCAACGUGUCACAGGGCAACGGACUGCACGAGCGAUCGUUUUCCAACUUUUCUCAAUUGUGUAAAGGGUCGUUGUUCCUGUGACAGUCACACGUUUUACGAUGAAUACGAAUCUAUUUGCAUGAUUCGCCAUAGAAGUCAGUGCUUAAUCAAACGAAGUCCCUCACAGGUGGUUCAACCAUGUGUGAGAUUCGCCCAGUGUGCGUAUCCAUUGGAUUUGAAUGGUAACGAGUUGCGGUCAGCAGUUCAUGGGUCGUGUCAAUGUUUGAUCAACAAAACGCCAAACUCGGAUGGAACAUGCAGCAAGUCCUCGACAAUUGACAGUAGCCCUGUAAUGACAAUGGUGUUCAUGACCUACAUUAUUUUCACAGCAUCAGGAGUUCAAUUUAAUAGCUGAUUGUGUAGUGUUUAUCCAAAUUACCCCUCAAUCAUUUAUCGUUACGCUAUUUUCAUAAUUGUGAAUUUCACCUGUUGCAUGAUUGGGUAAUGAAGAAAGUAUUAUUGUAUAUGUUCGUAUUUUCUAUAUUCCAGGGCUAGCAGCUCAUAAUAAAAUAUUUUCAAUGUAUGUGAGCAAUAUAAUUGUAACUCAAAAUAAAGUUCAACAUGUUUACAUUUGUGUUACACCA